UUCUAUCAUUUCAGUUUUGAAAUGUGGUAUUCAUCAGGCUUUAGCUUCCUUUUUACUAAUUACAGUUGAAACCUUCGAAUUUUUUGACAUUGAUUUUUAAUUUAUCCACUUCGUUCAUUCUAUCAUUUUAGAAAUGUUUUUUUUUUUAAAUAACCUAAUAUGGUAAUCCGAGAAUUGUAUACCAUACUCAUUUAUUUAUUUACUUUGUUAAGAUUUAAAUUUACAUAUUGCCAUCACAUUUAAGUCUUUGAGGUUGAAGACACAACAUUUAGGUUAAUAAGUACGAACAAGUGAAAACUCCUAAAUUUAUCAAAUAAACAAAAUUAUUUACCAUUAACCACCGAUUUGUAACUAAUUUACAAUUUUUUUCUCAUUACUGUGUAUAUUAUGGCGUAAUUUAUUAUACGGUCUUUAAUAAUUAUUGUCAUCAAAAUAUUUCUGAUGGCUGAAUGUAUCGGGUCUUAGGCUCGUUCAUUAUUUCUGGCCAGUGUGAAAAAAAAAUCAAACCGCCUGUUCUUGACAUUUUAACUUAGCCCGUUUAAAAUUGGUAUCCGUUAUUUUCGUUGUGACCGGAUUUAUAAUAUUAACCGACUCGAGAUUGUGUUCUGAUAUAUUAUUUCUGCUUUACUCAGUGUUGUGGUGAAUUUAAAGUGAUAAUUUGUUUUGAAAGAAAUGCGGUAGCUGAGAAAAUUUCUUAACGAAUGAUUUCAAAUAUUUUAUCAAGUAAAACUCCACAUCUACGUUAUGACAAAUGUGAAUUAAAUAAUAUCUAUCAAAAAUUUCAAAGUGUUUUAAAUAAAUCUAUUGAAAGUUGUGGGUCACGGGAGAACAUGUUGUCUUCGAGAGCAAGUACCGUUGCAUCAGAUGAAAGUUUUAUUACUCCUGUGUCUUCGAUGGGAGAUCUCAUGGCGAUGUCACCAAGGAAGCCGAGGGAAUUAGACCAACCUGAUGUCACCAGUGACCUACUUACCGGUUCUGAUUUUGAUAGUAUAUGUGACGUUACUAUGCAAGAGGUGCCUUUGUAUGACGAUAAUUUGUUUAUUGACGCAAACAGUUUAGAUUAUUUAGUAAAAUGUGCAGAAUCAAACCGAAACCACACUAUGAUAGAUAGAGGUAAAGAAAGUUUAUUUGUGAAAUUUGAUCCUUUAUAUGCAAAGCAGUUAUUGAAUAAUUCAGAACCUUCACAUGAAGUGUCACAUUUGGAGUCCAUAGAUGGUGAUAUUGGUUAUGAAACAGGAAGCAGCACAUCAGCAAUGGCUGAUAAUAAUGUGGCUUCACCAAAACAUACCCUGUCAGCAGGAUCUAUUGUAUCAAAAUGUACUAAAGAUAAACCAACUCAAGUAGUUCCACCUGUAGUAAGUAAUGAACUGUCUAAGGCCAGUGUGGCCCAAACAAGAACUACACCAGUUCUUCUUCGCAGUGUUUCAGCUAUAUUAGCUCCAACACAAGCUACAGAGAGACUUAUAAACUUUUCUGAUAACACCCCUAUUGCUGCACCAAGAAGUCCACGUCAGUGUCGUCAAUCAACUUAUGCAUCUCAGGAAGUGGAUCGAUUGCAUUCGCUUAGAAUCAUAUUACAAAACCAAGAUCAGGAAGUAUUACAAUUAAGACAGGAGAACAGAGAACUCAAAUCUUCACUUCAAGACCUUCAACAUAACUGCACACGCACAAAUGAGGAGUUAGAAAAAAAGGUUAAGAAACUCACCGAUGAAAGGGACAGUCUAUUGGAAAGAGAAAUAAAAUUAAUUAAACAGGUUAAUGACAAAACAUUGAGUCAUAAACAAAUGUGCAUAGUUAUGGAGGAGUAUGAAAAAACAAUAUCAUCAUUAAUUGGUGAACAGCAAAAAGAAAAACUGUUUUCCCAAGAGUUGUAUGACAAAUUAACUUUGGAAAGAGACGAAGCUCUCAAACAUCUGUCCAGUAUGGAAAGCUCCUUUAAUGAUUUACUAGCAAAAUAUGAGAAAUGUAAGAGUGUUAUUAUGGAGUCUAGAGACAAAGAAAAGAUUCUUAAUAACAAAAUUAAUGAAUACGAAUCAGGAAUGCAAAAGUAUGAAGCCUUAUAUAACAAUCUUAAACAAGUAACCUCUGAUAAUCUUGAAAAGGCUAAUGAAGAACUGGAAAAUGUUAAAAAAUCUCAUAGUGUUGAUAUAACUAAGCUGAAUGCCAUUAUAAAGAAGCACGAAAUCAUGAUCUCCUCCCUGCAAGAGUCUUUAGCUCAAAAGACAAGGGAUAAUGAGGAAUUGACGCGUAUCUGCGAUCAGCUUAUCAAUGAAGUGCGUUAGUUAUGUUUUUGAAAAUUGUUGUGGCACAUAUUUUAUACUUGUUUCAUUGUAGUUUUUUCAAACUUUAUUGUAAUUAGGUCUAUGUUUUAUAAAAUUAGGAAAGUUUUGAGUUAUUUUUUGGUAAAAAUUACUUGCCAUAAUUUUCUGAUUGUGUACUAUUUAUUCAGACAUUUCAUCUCCGUCCCAAUGUUGAGGAAUUUUGUUAGAUCCAAGAUUCCCAAGACUAAUUCUUAGUUUUUUUUUUUUUGAUAAUUCAAAUUAACUUGAUUUAUAUAGAAUCUCGUUUUCUUAAGUAAUAAUGUUUGAAAGUAUUAAGUAUUUGUAGUGACUCCAUUUAAUGACAUUUUAAUUAUUACUAUUUGAGACAACAAUAUACUUAAGUUAUAAAUAUUGUUUCAUUUUCCUUUAUACCCAACGUAUAAAACGAGCUACAGAUCCUCACAAACGAAUUACGAAUUCUUCGCCGACUAACAACAUACCUUUUACCUUUUUUAAUUAAACAGGUAUUGUAUUUUUAACAAUAAAAAAUGUUUUGAAUGCCAAUUGGUGCCAUUGAAAGUACAGAAGCAAAAGAUAUACAGUUCAUCAAAUGGGAGCACUUUUCUCAAGUUGCAUUAUU